CCGGCCCCCGGGGAGCCGCGGCGGGGGCGGAUGGAGACAGCGGGCACGGCGGCGGGCUGGGUUAUUUUCUUCCAUCUUCCUUUCAUCUCUGGAAGCUCCAUCAGUAUUGGGAUAGGCAGCAAUUAUUCCAAUCUCCCCAUCGCCUCGAACCAGAGCAGCGCUUCCAGCGCCUUCCCGAGCGCCGGGGAGCACGGCGGUGACAGCAGCCUGCUGGUGUCCCCGCUGCUGGUGGCAGGCGUGGUGAUCGGGCUGGUGCUGCUGCUCUCCUGUGCCACCAUCGUGGUGGGCAGCCUGCGAAGGGACAGCCGUGCCCGCCGGGCCCGCCCGGGCACCACGGCCGCGGAUGCCCCGGAUGGUUUCUCCCACGGCGGCUCCUCGGCAGAGCUGAGAUCCACCUGCAGCGAGGAGCUCCCCCCAGGCUGUGACUUUGACUCCUACCUGGACAUCCUUUCUCAGGUGAACAUCAUGUAUCCUGAUCCACCUCCACGCUACGACGAAUGUGUGGGGCCAGGAGCAACACAGAUAUAUAUUCCCACAGAUGAUCCCCCCCCAUAUUCCCUGACGGACCCUUGCCAAAGAAUUGAAACACCUGGAAACAUCUGUAGCAGGCAGGAGGAGGGGGCAGCCCGUGCCGCAGGGAGGCUGCGGGAGCCCGGCCCGGCCCUGGCCGUCAUCUCCCGGUGCGGGGAGCGGGACAGCGGCGUGUGAGCACGGCGUGUGGGCACGGCGUGUGGGCACGGCGUGUGGGCACGGCGUGUGAGCACGGCGUGAGGGCACGGCGUGUGAGCACGGCGUGUGGGCACGGCGUGAGGGCACGGCGUGUGGGCACGGCGUGAGGGCACGGCCUGUGGGCACGGCGUGUGUCCGAGGGGACACCGAACACCCUCCACUCACACCGAACGCCCUCCGCUGACACCGAACACCCUCCGCUGACACCGAACACCCCGCUGCCCAUCGGGCCCCAGCACCGCAGUGACAGCGCCGCUUUCCUGCGCCUCUUCUGAAGAACUCAUACCAACAGAAGAAUAAAGCCUCUGGAAGUUUUACCGAUUUUAUAUCUUUAAACAGGGAUGUAAUGGCACCCCUGUGAAUCCCAAUGGGAUUUUUUUUUUACAGUGAAUUUUGCAAGUUUACGUAAAUUUCCCCGUUUGUGCUUCAAAGUGUUCCAUGGCAUCACACAGCAUAAAAGAGCAGCCGAGACAAGCAGUGCAUCUGACCUUUCUGAAGCAUUGCAGAACCCAUUGAAAUUAGCCACUCAUAAUGAAGAUAAACGUUAUCCAGUCAAGCCUACUUGUUGAUUUUAUGAUACUUUGCAUGUUUUGGAACAGAUGGAAAAAGAAGAGCCUUUUGUUGUCAUUGCAGGUGUCACUAGUACAGCUCAUUCGGUGUAUUGAC